UACAUUCUUAUUCCCAUAACAAUUUCAACCAAGCAAAACAUCCCCAAAAGUGAACACCCCCCACUUCAAAUAAAACUUGUGCAAUAGCAGUUUAUCAUUCAUUACCCAAUUGCAAAAAUUUCAGCUCACCAAAUCAAACUGAUUAUGCAAAACUAAGCACGUACGCCAAGAAACACAAGGCAUGCACCACUUCAUAUAACACACAUGACCAACACCACCACCUCCACAAUAUUACCCUUCAAUCAAACCAAUCCCAUGCAUUCCCACAUUCCCUUUCAUUCCAACACCAUGACCAAACCAAGAAACCUCAAUCUCACCUUCCUCCUGCAAGACAUCCAAAUUUUGGAGAUUUUCCUUGCAGUUCUUGUCUUCAUAAUCAUUCAUUCCCUUAGACAAAAGAAGCAUCAUGGCCUAGCUGUUUGGCCUGUCCUUGGAAUGGUUCCUUCUUUGGUGACAGGACUCAGAACCAACCUGUAUGAAUGGAUCACAGAAGUGCUCAAAAGACAAAACGGGACAUUCAGAUUCAAAGGGCCUUGGUUUAGCAACCUCAACUGCAUUGUCACUUCUGAUCCUCGCAACCUCGAGCACCUUCUCAAAACCAAGUUCCCUCUCUACCCCAAAGGAGGGUACUUCAGGAACACAGUUAGAGAACUACUAGGAGAUGGCAUAUUCAACGCAGACGACGACACGUGGCAGAAGCAAAGGAAGACAGCAAGCAUUGAAUUUCAUUCAACCAAGUUCAGGCAAUUAACAACAGAAUCAUUGUUUGAGCUUGUCCACUAUAGGCUCUUGCCUGUGUUAGAAGCAUCAGUUAAGAAAUCUGUUGCAAUAGACCUCCAAGACAUUCUCUUAAGGCUAACUUUUGACAAUGUUUGCAUGAUAGCAUUUGGUGUCGAUCCUGGUUGUUUGCAAUUGGGUUUGCCUGAGAUACCAUUUGCUAAAGCCUUUGAGGAUGCAACUGAAGCCACGGUGUUUCGCUUUGUGACCCCUACGUGUUUGUGGAAGGCCAUGAAGUUUCUCAACUUGGGGAUGGAAAGGAAGCUGAAUAAGUCCAUAAAAGGGGUUGAUGAGUUUGCUGAGAGUGUCAUUCGGACUAGAAAGAAGGAACUCUCUUUGCAAUGCGAGGACUCGAAGCAGAGGUUGGAUUUGUUAACCGUGUUUAUGAGGCUGAAGGAUGAAAAUGGACAAGCCUAUUCGGAUAAGUUUUUGAGGGAUAUAUGUGUGAACUUUAUAUUGGCAGGGAGAGACACUUCUUCUGUUGCUUUGAGUUGGUUUUUCUGGUUGCUUGAACAGAAUCCUCAAGUGGAGGAGAAUAUAUUAGCAGAGAUAUGCAAGGUGGUGAGUCAAAGGAAGGACAUAGAAAGGGAAGAGUUUGAUAAUUCUUUGAGAUUUAGGCCAGAGGAGAUCAAGAAGAUGGAUUAUUUGCAUGCUGCUUUAUCAGAAGCCCUGAGGUUAUACCCUUCUGUGCCUGUGGAUCACAAGGAGGUAGUUGAAGAUGAUACAUUCCCAGAUGGAACGGUGCUGAAGAAAGGGACGAAAGUGAUCUAUGCAAUCUAUGCAAUGGGAAGAAUGGAAGGCAUAUGGGGGAAGGACUGCAAGGAGUUCAAGCCAGAAAGAUGGUUAAGAGAUGGAAGGUUCAUGAGUGAGUCUGCAUACAAAUUCACUGCCUUCAAUGGUGGACCACGCUUGUGCUUAGGCAAAGAUUUUGCAUACUAUCAGAUGAAAUAUGCUGCGGCCAGCAUCGUCUACCGCUACCAUGUGAAGGUGGUGGAGAACCACCCUGUGGAGCCAAAGCUUGCCUUAACCAUGUACAUGAAGCAUGGAUUAAAAGUUAAUCUCUACCAAAGGGAUGCUGCACAAAUUCAAAAACACUUGGAAGAUGGAUUAAAAUGAACUAGUAAUGAUGGUCAUGCCCUAGUAAUCUUUUUCUUUUUUUUGUUUCUUAUUUGGGACAUGAUGAAGGUCGUUAUUUAAGAUGAUUGUAAGUACAUAACGAUAAAGAAAUAGGGUUGGAUUUAGUGCUGCUCGGGAAAUACUAAAUAAUGGAGUUCAUGUUGAAUGUGUUGGUUGGUUAUUCCGGAAUUGGAUUAGCGAAUGAAUAUUAAUUUUUCUCGUAGGUGUGAACUAGAAGAUAGCCAGGAUUUUUCCUAGAAUGGUUGUGCUUAUUAUUAUUCGCUCUUUAAUGGAUAAAUAAUUAGUUCCCAA